UAAUGUAUUUAAAUAAUAAUCUAUUUUUAGAGUCAUAAAACUAAUGUAUAAAAAAGGUACAAUUAAUAAGAUAGAUUCAUAAAAGUUAUCUCUUGUGUGAAUCCUCUUUGUUAUUUAAUAUAACUAUAUGUUUUGAAAUAUAUAUAUAUAUACACAUAUAUACAUAUAUGUAGUUAGAAUUUUAUCCCAGAAUAAAUUUUCUUAACAAUUGAAUUACGAAGAAUAAUAAACGUAAAAGAAAAGAUCUAGUCGUUAAAACAUAGAUCAUUUCAUUUUAAUUUUAUUACUCUCUUCCUGAUUUAUCUCUUUUUAAAAGAUUAUUCGUUUAACAAAUGCAUAUUCUGCGAAAAUUGUUCGGUAGAUACCUUCUCGUUACAAAUACUAUUAGCUGCGGUUUGAUGAUGGCAGCUGGUGAUAUGAUACAGCAACGUAGAGAACACUGGAAACGGUAUCGUUAUGUGGAUUAUUUUUCAAGCGGUGGAACCGCUCGUGUAAUCGCUGCAUCGCCCGAAGAAGAAGAAGAAGAAGAAGAAGAGGAAGAUGACGAAAAAAAGAUUAUCAAUGUUGCAUCUUUAUACGAACAUAACUACGUUCGAACGAGAAACAUGACAUUAGUAGGUCUUAUUCAAGGACCUUUUCAUCAUUGUUUCUAUGGUCUACUUGAAAAAAUAGCACCUGGCAAAAAAGCCAGUUCUAUUAUAAAAAAGACCUUUUUAGAUCAACUAAUCGCUAGUCCUACGUGUUUAAUUAUAUUUUUCGGUGGUCUUGGUCUAAUGGAACGAGACAAAGUCGAAGAAGCUUAUAGGGAAAUUAAAGUGAAGUUGAUCGAAGCUUGGAAAGUCGACUGUUGUUUUUGGCCUCCAGUUCAAUGUGUAAACUUCUUAUUCGUUCCUUUACAAUAUCGAGUACUCUAUAUAAAUGUUAUGACUAUGGUGUACGAUGUUUUUCUAUCGCACAUUAAAUACGAUGCUCACUAUGAUUGACAAGAAACAAUUUAUUAGUUAAGAAACAAAUUGUACUAGAUCAUAAACUACUGCUAAGCGUAUAUUAUUAUAUUAUAUUAUAUUAUAUUAUGUUAUAUUAUAUUAUAUUCAAUUUAUAAAAUAAGUUCCUUUCUUUAUUUCUUU